CAACAUCCAGAAGAGAAGCGUCCGUCGUCGGUUCUUUUAUUUAGUUCUAUCAAAUGCAGUUGGUACAAGAAACAGGAUGAGAGUCAUUUUGCAGCUAAUUUUUUGUCCUCUUGCGUCUGCAGUGACCCACUCCCUGAAGUACUUCUACACUGCAUCCUCCCAAGUGCCACACGUCCCGGAGUUUGUGUCUGUUGGGAUGGUUGAUGGUGUUAACAUAGAUUACUAUGACAGCAACACUCAGAGAGCAGUACCCAAACAAGACUGGAUGGACCAGGUCACAGCAGGUGACCCACAGUACUGGGAGAAGCAGGCUGGAGGUUUGAUGGAUGCCCAGCAGGUCUUCAAAACCAAUAUUGAGACGGCGAAGCAGCGCUUCAACCAAACUGGAGGCGUCCACACUGCUCAGGUCAUGUAUGGCUGUGAGUGGGAUGAUGAGACUGGAGACAUUCAUGGAUAUGAACAGCAGGGUUAUGAUGGAGAAGACUUCAUCAUACUGGACCUGGAGACAGAGUCAUGGGUUGCUCCGACACCACAAGCUUUCAUCACCAAGCUGAAGUGGGAUCAAGACAAAGCUAGGUUAGCUCACAAGAAGAACUACCUCACCCAUGUGUGCACUGACUGGCUGAAGAAGUAUGUGCAGUGUGGGAGCAACAGUCUACAGAGGACAGUCCUUCCCUCAGUGUCUCUGCUCCAGAAGUCUCCCUCCUCUCCAGUCACCUGCCAUGCUACAGGUUUCUACCCUGACAGAAUCGUGAUGUUCUGGAGGAGAGAGGAAGAGGAGCUCCAGGAGAUGGUGGACCACGGUGAGCUCCUCCCCAACCACGAUGGAACCUUCCAGAGGAGCGUUCACCUCCACGUUGACCUUUCAUCAAUUAAGUCCGAGGACUGGCAGAAGUACCACUGUGUGGUUCAGCUUUCUGGGAUGAAGGAGGACAUCAUCACCAAACUGGAUCCAUCACAGAUCAAGACCAAUUGGAAAAAUCCUGUCGAGACCAUCCCCAUCAUCGUUGGAGUGCUUUUUGCUGUCAUCUUCAUCAUCAUCACAGUCCUUGGCGUCGCACUGUACAAGAAGGAGAAAGCCAAAUGCCCUCCACCUUCUCCUGACAGCGGCCCUGAACUCUCUCACAAACUGAACCCCGACGCGUCACACUGAACUAAACAACACGAUUCACCUGCAGACGACCGAUGAAAACAGCAACACGAAUAAAGAAGUGAUGGAAUAUGAAUGCUCUCUACUCAGAGGAGGAGGGACGCACUAGCGGUUUCCAAAUGAAUCCAUGAAGCUUCCCCGUUUGUCAACACAACAAAAGCCCUCCGAAAACACAAAUAACACACACACACACACACACACACCUUUAGUCUCCACCAUGACACGCUGCCCCUUUCAUUCCAUCCUUCAGGGCACCUCUGUGCUGGACUGUUGUCCCGCACCAUUACAGCCGGUCUUCCCCCACAUGGUCUUUCUAGAGCUCUGCUUGCAGAAUGGACACGUCUUCCUGAUGGAACAUCUGUCUGCGGAGCAUCGACAGGUUGACCUGCUGUACACGUGUUGUGUUUCCUCUCUGGAACAAACUGUGUGGCUAAGUUACAGACUGUUUUUACCGUCACGCUGCUGCUUCUAAGCGACUCGUAGUGUGCAGGGUGUGUAUUUACGCACUGCUGCUGAGCUGGUAGAGAAUUAGGUUUAAUUUGCUGGAUAUUGUUUCAUGUCCUAUAAGAGCUUAUCUUGAGUUAUCAUAACUUGGUUGAAGGGGUUCGGUUCUUUUUUCCCCCAUUACCAUAUUUACAGAAUAUAUGCUAAAGAAAUGUUGAAUGUUUUGCUGGAAAAAAUGCUUUUAAUCAACGGUAAAUUGCUUUAAACUGCUGUUUUUCUGUUAAAUA